UGUCAGUUGACAUCGGGAGUCCGCGACGCGUGUCCGCACUGUGUUGCUUGCGAGUUGCGAGUGAUAUCGAGUGGAUUGUUUCGUGUGAGUGUGGUAGUGGUUAUUUUGAAUUCCAUUUUUAAAUAUUCAAUAAUUUAAAAACAUUAUGGUCUAGUGAAUAACAGUGAUAGAAUGAAUUUCAAAAUGACUUUGUGGUGUAGACGUGUGCGUUCGUCAGUGGCUGGUAUUAUAAUGAUAACGUUUAUGUGCACUAACAUACAAGUGGUCUCGUCGGAGGAGAGGGACGAGCCCCACAAGUAUACGAUAGAUGAGUUGCUAUCAUCGCAAUAUGAUAACAAAGAUUCGGGUGAUCUUGGAAUGGAUCCUUGUAAAGCUGAUAACUUUCAAGGUGACAUCGCAAUUCCAGAUGUAGAUUAUUUCAAACCGGCCAGCAGUCCACCUGCGUAUAGUAAAAUUAACAAAUCAUUACAAGAAGAGGUAGAAAGAUUAAAGAAAGAAGUACUAUUAGAAGGUUUACAAGUAGAAGAGGAAGGGCUACCAGAUAUUUUAAGGAAAAGAACAAAGCAACCCAUAUUUCUUUCACAAGAUAAGCCUAAAAAGUAUAAUGAUGCUGCUUUGAUGACAAAGAUGUUACCACCUGGAUUAGAUAAAUCAAUAUUGAUGAAAAACGGCAAGUAUCCACCUGGUGAAGUGGUUGAUAAUAUUGCCACACCCACAAAUCAAAGUAAAAUAGAAUUGUUAAAUCAAACUGCAGUGGAUAAUUUAACGGAAUAUGAGAGUCUUGAACAAGAUGGCGUUCUAGUAGUUAAUAUAUCAACUGACAAUAUAUUAAAUUUAGAUGAAUUAUAUCCACACAUUCAAUUAGCAAACUAUUCCAGCAAAAUGGAUGAGGUGACAAAUAAAAUACAGAGCAAUAGUCGUGAAAUUUCUGGAGAUUUAAAGAGAAUCAAAGAUUUACCAGACAAUGUGACUGUUGCUCCAGCUCCGACAAAUGGAGUUUUGUCGACAAAUGAUCAAGAUGAUGAUAAUGAUAAUAUAGAUAAAGCAAUAAUAAAUAAUACAGAUCGACCUUUAGAAAAUAAAUUUAUUGAAGCCAAUGACUUGUUGAAACCUACUGAGAGCUUACAGAUGUUAACUGAAGAAAAAGCGACAAGAAGAAGACGGAGAAGAAGAAGACAUGGAAAUCGGAGAAGGUUAAGAAAUGUCCAUUCAACCGAAAGAUUUGGGCAGAACACAUUGAAAUUCGGCGAACCCACACACAAUGAACAUUUCGAGAGGAAAAAAUUUUUUCGUCACCAAAAGAAAUACAAUAGUGAAGAACGCAGUCAACCGAGGAAGUAUGAAAUACCCGAGCAUGAAUUCGAAGAGAAAUUUGAAGUGAAACCACCUCCGAAGCCAAGUGUUACUGGAAAUGUAGAAAAUCAACAAUUUAAAGAUUGGUUUUUUCGAGAUACGUCCGACGAUUUAGAUGCUGCGGAAAGUCGCUUCUAUAAUAUUUCUGAGAUUAAAAAACGUCACCGAUCCAUACGAGCGGCUACAAAUCGUAAAGAGCGUAUUUGGGAAAAUGGUGUGAUACCAUAUGAAAUAGAUGGGAACUUCAGCGGUGCCCACAAGUCACUGUUCAAACAAGCUAUGCGUCACUGGGAGAACUUCACCUGUGUGAAGUUUGUUGAAAGAGAUGCAGACCUGCACAGAGAUUACAUAGUCUUCACGGAAAGACCUUGCGGGUGCUGUUCAUUCGUUGGAAAAAGAGGAGGAGGUGCGCAGGCUAUAUCUAUAGGGAAAAACUGCGACAAGUUUGGAAUUGUGGUCCACGAGUUGGGCCACGUGGUUGGCUUCUGGCACGAACAUACACGUCCAGAUCGUGAUAAUCACGUGCAGAUCAUUAGAGACAACAUAAUGACAGGUCAGGAGUACAAUUUCAACAAAUUGACCAACGAAGAAGUGAAUUCCCUCGGACAAACAUAUGAUUAUGAUUCUAUUAUGCACUAUGCAAGGAAUACGUUCAGCAAAGGAACUUACUUAGAUACUAUUUUACCUCUCGAGGUGCAUGGUAAGAAAAGGCCAGAAAUUGGGCAGAGAGUGAAGCUUAGCGCCAGUGAUAUUGCUCAGACGAAUCUACUCUAUAAAUGUGCAAAAUGUGGGAGGACCCUUUUGGGUAAUUCAGGCUGGUUCAACUCACCUGGUUGGGGAUCAGAGUCUUCUCCGACAACACUGGAGCGCUGCGAGUGGAGAAUUGUUGCUACACACGGGGAACGAGUAGUGCUCAAUAUCACUGAAAUUGAUAUUCACAAGUCGGAGGAAUGCCGAUCUGAAUGGGUGGAGGUACGAGACGGGUAUAUGCCUGAUGCCCCGGUCCUUGGUCGCAUUUGUGGCUCCGGAAAGGGUCCAAUGAUGCGGUCCAGUGGCUCGCGCCUAACUGUCGUUUAUCAGCCCGGGCCCAAAUCAAAGCCCCACAGAGGGUUUAAAGCACAUUACGAAGCUGUUUGCGGUGGUGAUAUUGAGGUGGACAGCAGUGGUCAUUUAGAAUCGCCAAACUAUCCCGAUGACUAUCAACCGAAUAAACUUUGCAUUUGGAGGUUAACGGUACCACAAGACUAUCAAGUAGCUCUCAGAUUCCAUUCCUUCGAAGUGGAGAAUCACGACACGUGUUCUUAUGAUAAAGUGAAAGUGAGAGACGGUGAUUCUGUGGACAGUCCACUUAUUGGCAUGUUCUGUGGACACAAGAUUCCUCCAGAUAUCAGAUCUACCUCAAACAAAUUGUUAGUGAUAUUCGAAUCGGAUAGUACUGUACAAAAAGCAGGUUUCUCUGCGACCUUCAUGAAGGAGUUUGAUGAAUGUGCUUCUAUAGAACACGGCUGCAGUCAUUCCUGCGUCAACACACUGGGCGGAUAUGAAUGUGCUUGUGAUAUUGGUUACGAGUUGCAUUCGGAUGGCAAGAAGUGUGAAAAUGCAUGUGGGGGCGCUCUGUAUGGUCCCAACGGUACAAUAACGUCACCAUCGUUUCCGGAUCUAUAUCCCCCGUCUAAGAACUGCCUUUGGGAGAUCGUGGCCCCUCCGCAACACAGAAUCACAUUGAACUUCACCCAUUUUGACUUAGAAGGGAACAGCAUGUAUCAACAGGAGUGUGAGUACGACAGUGUGACUGUUCAUUCCAAGCUAGGAGCAGACGUGUUAAGAAGACACGGAGCGUUCUGCGGAAAUGCGCUGCCACCACCUGUUACUUCUGAUGGAUCAGUUUUGAGAGUUCAGUUCACGUCAGAUGCAUCCGUCCAUCGAUCAGGGUUCGCAGCGGUGUAUUACAUUGAUGUGGACGAAUGUGCCGACAACAAUGGCGGAUGUCAGCAUGAGUGUCACAACACCCUGGGCGGCUACGAGUGUGCCUGCCACAGUGGCUUCACCCUGCACCCCAACAAACACGAUUGUAAGGAAGGCGGCUGUAAACAUGACGUUGCUCAACCACAUGGCACUAUUGUAAGUCCAAACUACCCGGAUUUGUACCCGUCAAGAAAGGAUUGUGUAUGGCAAUUCUCAACUACGCCUGGACAUCGUAUCAAGCUCAUCUUUAAUGUAUUUGAACUGGAGCCACAUCAGGAAUGCGCCUAUGACCAUGUCUCAAUUUAUGAUGGAGCAUCAGCAGACGAGAAGACCCUUGGCAGAUUCUGCGGGAGUAAGCUUCCACAUCCUGUAGUAGCAUCUCAGAAUCAAAUGUACGUCGUAUUCAAGUCUGAUGCUUCAGUACAGAGGAAAGGAUUCUUGGCUACGCAUUCCACUGCAUGCGGUGGUUACCUCGCAGCAUCCGAAUCUGUGAAACAUUUGUACUCCCACGCGCGUUAUGGAGAUGACUCUUACGAGUCUAGAGCUGACUGCGAUUGGAGCAUCGUAGCUCCAAUGGGACAGUUCGUGAAGCUCACUUUCCUCACUUUUGAAUUGGAACCCGAGUCUAACUGCGGUUAUGACUACGUGCAGAUAUUUGGUGGUCUGGAUGGAAGUGGUGGAGACUAUGGUGCUUUUUGUGGAACUAAGUUGCCUACAGAAAUUAUAUCUACAACUGAAGCUCUUCUCGUGAGAUUCCGUACCGAUGAUUCUAUAGUUUUCAAAGGUUUCUCUGCAUCAUACCAAGCAGUGAAACCCGAAAUAUCCAGCGAGGAAGACAACUCUGAAGGUGGUGAAGAUGUAGACGAGGAAGAAGAAGACGAACGGAUGCCUCCAUUAGUGGUGGGGAGGAGAGGGUUACGCGCCCCCCUAUUGCGAUAUGUAAGGAGACCAACGUGACGGUGGCCGUUACCCCGGCAUCCGAGGCACAGGCGACCACAUCGUAACACACAUACUCGGUUCCGAUCGGAAAAAGGUCCUUUUUGAAUCGGUAUUUAAAAAUAUAACAGUAGUAUCGGUUAUUAAAAAUUGAGUGUUGCCACUUUUUAAACAUAUCUUUUGAAUCGGUAUUUACCGAUAAUUAUUAUGCGCAAUUUGAUUUGUAGCAUUCAUUUUUUAAUUGAGUUUAAAUAAUAUUCAAAUUCAUGUAAGUGAAUUAGUAUUUGCAUUUGCAUAUAAAACGAGACCACGUGUGUUGUUGUUGAAAUCAAAUUAAGAAUUAUUUUUUGACUGAAAUGAAAUGUAAAUAAAUUAUUUGUAGCUUAGGUUAAGGUUCAAUACUUAAUUUAAUAGAGAUCGAUAUCGGCAUAAUACUCAUUGUAGGUAAAAAAUGAAGGCAGGUACGUAGACGUACUAUCUACCUACCGCAGACUGAUUUUCAAUGAAAACCAAUCAGAAUGCCUUUCAUGACAGUUUUAUUUAAAAGAUUACAUAUAUUUUGUUAUUUACAUUUCUGUGGCAUUUGACAUUAAUCAAUUCCAAUUUGAUAUCUUGCGCAUUUGAUUGCGACCGUUUUAAAAAUGAGUACGUAGGUAACGUACUAAGGUACACUAAGCAUAUAUAUUUAACCGUUAGUGUAAUUCUGUCACCAAAGAAUAGAAUUAUAGUUUUACUCGUUUUUUAAGUAAGUACAAUUAUUAAUUAAGUAAUUUUGAUGUUAUUCCUACACUUGUUAUGACAGUGCCAUAAUAUCAAUAGCGUCUAAUAUUAUUAUAUAAUAAUACUGUAACUAAACAAAUGCAGUGUUCAUUAAAUGCAUGCCAUUUUAUUAAGAUACAUAUCUAAUUAUAAAUGUAUUACUUAAAAUCGUAAUAAAUCUGUUUCAGUCGUAAGGAAAGUUAGUACUUGCUCAUAAAAUACCUAGAAAUGUUAUUACUUUGUACUUAUUGAUUUUAGUUUAUGGAAGAGCUAUAAUCUUUCAAUUACGCUGUAUAAUAAAUGCAUUUAUAGCACAAUUAGAAUUAAUAUAAUGAGACAAUAUGUAACAUUAAGUAAAAGUACCUAUGUGAAUGGAUUUUGUCGUUUGAAAUUAGGUGUUCAUAUCGAAUAAGAAUGUUUCGAUAGUUCUAAUGUACAUUGUACAGGUACAGGUACCUACUCUUAGGCAAAUAAAUUAUGUGAUUUCCUUUAUAUUUUUUAUUGACGAAGAUAUCCUUUUCAAUUAUUCCUAGAGUGACGAAAAAUAAAGUGAAUAGACUGGGCUAAUUAUCCAUAUGACUACAGGCUUGAUUAAAACUGAACUUAUAUUUUUAAUAAAUAAUUAAGAAACUAACGUAAAUGUACUGUUAUAGAGUUUCUUUCGUAUCCCCCAGUAACAUAUAGUUUUUACGUAAACAUCGGUCUAUAAUUUGUAGUGACCAGGGUCACUUCGCCCAGGUGCUUAUUUCUUUAUAAGUAUUGUUGUACGAUAUAUGUAUAGCCAAUAUAACUUUAAGGUAUAUGUGGAUCAAACGAUGACAGAAUUUCUCAAAUGAGUGCAGUUGUUCUGGUGUUUACUUUCAUCGUAAUAAUAGCUGCUCUGUCUCUCGAUUUCUAUAAUAUUACUAUACAUUGCAUAGUUGUAUGAUGAUAAGGAUGUACCUAGUUACCAUUUUAUCCGAAAUUGAAAGAAUAAAACUACUCUACUGAUACAUUUUAAACAUUACCUUAGUAGCUUCACUUAAAAGAAUUACAUGUAAGUUUGUCUCAAAUUCUGCUGUUAGGUAAUAAGUUAAAAUGUCAGUGUGCCAAAAUUUAUAUUUAUUAUGUACCUACCUACCUAAUGAGAAGUAAGUUAAUGUUUUCUGAUUUAAGUUAUAAUAAUAUUUAUAAUGUAGGAUCGUUAUUUUUAUUAAAAUGAUAAAAACCUCA